AUGGCCGACUACUCUUUCGGCGGCUCCGAGGAAGAGAAUGCCGAGCUACGGAAACUCGAGGCUGAACUGGUCGAAGAUCCAGAUAACUUCGAAACAUGGGAGAAACUAGUGCGCGGCGCAGAAGCUCUUGAAGGCGGUAUUAAUCGCAACUCCAACCCUCAAGCAAUCACCACCGUUCGAAAUUCGUACGAUCGAUUCCUUGCCAAGUUUCCUUUGUUGUUUGGAUAUUGGAAGAAAUAUGCCGAUCUAGAAUUUUCAAUUGCUGGGACAGAGGCUGCCGAAAUGGUCUACGAACGCGGCGUUGCAAGCAUUCCCACCUCAGUCGAUUUAUGGACAAACUACUGCGCAUUCAAAGUCGAAACGAACCAUGACUCUGAUGUCAUUCGAGAAUUGUUUGAAAGGGGCGCCGCCUGUGUAGGUUUGGACUUCCUUGCCCAUCCUUUCUGGGAUAAAUAUAUCGAGUUCGAGGAACGGCUUGAGGCUUUUGAUAAAAUAUUUGACAUUCUGGGACGUGUGAUUUAUAUCCCCAUGCAUCAGUAUGCCCGCUACUUUGAGCGAUACCGACAACUCGCCCAGGGUCGGCCUUUGAACGAGUUAGCACCUCCAGAGAUUCUGUCGCAGUACCGCGCAGAAAUUGAGGCUGCUGCUGAUCAGCCUGCUCCAGGUGCCAGGUCUGAGGCCGAAAUCGAACGAGACCUUCGUUUACGCCUGGAUACCUACCACCUAGAAGUUUUCUCCAAGACCCAAACUGAAACCACUAAGCGCUGGACUUAUGAGUCCGAGAUUAAACGUCCAUACUUCCAUGUGACCGAGUUAGAUGAAGGUCAAUUGGCCAACUGGAAGCGCUACCUAGAUUUCGAGGAAGCAGAGGGUUCUUAUGCUCGUAUCGUCUUCUUGUACGAACGAUGCCUUGUCACAUGUGCUCACUAUGAUGAGUUCUGGUUACGCUAUGCCAGGUGGAUGUCAGCUCAACCGGGAAAAGAAGAGGAAGUGCGAAAUAUCUACCAAAGAGCAAGCACCAUAUUCGUGCCAAUCGCAUACCCCACAGUGCGCUUGCACUACGCCUACUUUGAGGAAAUGAGCGAGCGUGUUGAUGUUGCCAGAGACAUCCACGAAGCUAUCCUCCUAAACCUCCCAAAUCAUGUUGAGACCAUUGUUUCUCUAGCUAACUUGUCUCGCCGCCACGGCAAGCUUGAAGACGCUAUUGAUGUGUAUAAGAGCCGAAUCGAGACACUUGGUUUCGAUGCGGCUACCAAGGCUGCUCUCGUGGCCGAGUGGGCCAUAUUGGUUUGGAGAGUCAAAGGCUCGUCUGAAGAUGCUCGACAAGUGUUCCAGAACAACCAACAGACUUGCUUAGAUAGCCGUGCCUUCUGGACUCGGUAUCUACUGUUUGAACUAGAACAGCCUACCACUUCAGACACUGAGACUGUUCAGCAUGAACGUAUCAAGAAGGUUGUAGACGACCUUCGACACAAUGGUACUCUCCCCGCUGAGGCAGUCAAAGAGCUUGUGCAAAACUACAUGGUAUAUCUGCUUGAACGUGGAACCAAGUCUGCGGCCAAAGAAUACAUCACUUUGGAUCGCGAAGUUCAUGGGCCCGCUUCAGUCUCGCCUACAAACAAGAAUAAGGAAGCCGCUAAAGUGGUUCCACCUGCUCCUCAGCCUGUUCCCACACCAGACCCUGCAGCUUAUGCUUAUUACCAGCAGCAAGGACAAAUACCAGUGCCUAAUGGAGGGGCCCCAGUUCAACCAUCUCAAUACUAA